GCUUACGUUGAAGAUAAUGAUACAAUCAUCGCUAAUACUUCACCAGUGUUUCAAGCACCCACUUCAGAUCAACUUUUAGUAGGCUGUGAUCCUGGUCUUUCAACGAUGGUACAAACGACUUAUGCUGAUAAACAAAAAGUAUCCUUCUAUUUGUCCCUUGACAACCGUUUCCAACCUCUCGAACAAUUCUCUCAGGAAAUGGAUCUUGACGACGACCGCAGCAUCAGGACAAUGAUGAAGUUACCGACUUUUCCCAUCAGCAGCAAGGAUAUCGAUAAUAAGACGAUGUCAAAAAGGUCUCGAACAAAGAUGAAUAAUAAGAAGGCAAACGAUGAUACUAUUAUGCAAACUGAAGCUGAUCUGGCUAAUUCUGCAGUUAACGUGGCAUUAUCAUACAACAAAGAGGCAAUUAUCAACAAACACAAGAAACAACGGGAAAAUGCCAACAAGCUUCGUUCAUUUUAUCAAGGAAAAUGGUGCAAACAACAACGACGAUCGCAACCAAGAAUGAAGCAACGAGGUCUAAACCAUGUUAUGAAGUACCAUCGGGAUAGGAUACAAUAUCAUCACUCUGCGGCUACUUCUACCAUCAACAACAAUGUCGAUCUCAAGUUUUUCUAUGGCGCUGCCGGUCGUGGAACAGGUUCAAGGAUCAAAGGCUUCCUGCGACGUAGUCAUCUCGAUGUUAUCGCCACUAUUGAACAAAAAUCAAAAGUGUUCAUCACCGACGAAUAUCGAACAACGAAGCUGUGCUGUCUUUGUCAUCACGUUGUGAACCAUCCUCGUAAACAAUCUGGCAAGCUUAACCUUGGAACAGUCAUAUGUGUGAAUCCUGAAUGCAUUGGUAAGAAGUUUGGGUGUAUUGCAAGAUCACGAGAUGCCAAUGCAUCAAUGAACAUGAUUAUGUCUGGACUACAACAAGAGCUAUAUGGUUCUGUGCCGUCUCCGUUCCUCCGCUCC